GCGACGGGUUACGUCAUGGACGCGCCGCUGCUGCUGGUGCUGCUGCUACUGGGGCCGCCGGCGCGGGGGGGGCCCAGCCCCGACCCCCCGAGCACCGACCCCUCCGGGCCCAGCCCCGACCCCCCGAGCACCGACCGCCCCAGCCCCGGGCCCAGUCCCGGCCCCCCGAGCACCGACCCCUCCGGGCCCAGCCCCGGCCCCCCGAGCACCGACCGCCCCGGGCCCAGCCCCGACCCCCCGAGCGCCGACCGCCCCAGCCCCGGGCCCAGCCCCGGCCCCCCGAGCACCGACCCCCCCGGGCCCAGCCCCGGCCCCCCGAGCACCGACCCCCCCGGGCCCGGCCCCGGCCCCCCGAGCACCGACCCCCCCGGGCCCAGCCCCGGCCCCCCGAGCACCGACCCCCCCGGGCCCGGCCCCGGCCCCCCGAGCACGGCCCCCCCCGGCCCGGAGGCCGGCCCUAGCCCCAGGCCCUCCGCCGCCCGCCCGAGCGCAGCCCCCGAGGGACAGUCGCCGCCGGCCGCCGGCGCAGGCUGCCCGCCCGCCUGCCCCUGCGACCUGCGCCGCGGCGCCUGCGACGUCGCCUGCUGCUGCGACGCCGACUGCGACCCCCGCUGCGACCUGCGCCCGCCGCGCGCCGCCUUCGCCCGCUGCCUGCCCGGCAGCACCAGGGCUAAGACCCAGGUGUGUGUGGAGCAAUCGCUUAUUUUCAGAAAUAACACCCCGUAUCCUACGGAAACCGUCACUGAUUCCAGUGGACAGACUCGGCUGUUCUGUGUGCAGCUGAACGACUCAAAGCUGAACUAUUUUCAGCAGCCACAGGAGGUUACAGAAUCAAAUUUCCCAGUGCUCUUGGAGCAGUAUGGUGGCCCAUCCUUUGUGUCACCAUCACAACCCAUGCCACCCCCCUCUGCCUUUUACCGGGUGGGUGAUCCAAUCCAGACCUACUUUGUUGCCUCAUCUGUAGUGAGCACACUCAGGCAGCCAGUUGGGAUGGGAGCCAGUAGGCUUUGUGUUGACAGCAAUCCUGCUGGUUUCCUGGAGAGCAAAAGCACAAGUUGUACUCGGACCUUUACAAACCUGAGUAGCAGUUGCACCACUGACCCCGCACUAGAUGCUGCCUCGUAUUACCGUGACUUCACCGUGCUAAAGACCCCACUUAAUAUGACUGUCACCCAGUCCAUGCAGGUGAAAGUCACCCCUCUCGUACAGCCCGAAGCUCCCCAGAUGCAAGGCAGUACCUGUCACAAUAUUGUUUCUGAGGUGAUCUACAACAUCGAGUUUAAUGGGACCCAUGGAAUCCGGAAUGUUUCUGUCCAGUUCAAAGUGACCAAUAUUUCUGAGGCCUGGGGAUCCUCUCUGCAGCAGCACUUCACAUUGCACUUUUGGAGUAGAACCCCUUCACCUACCCUGCCCAGAAGUGGAAACCCUGGCUAUAUCACUGGAGCACCACUCUUGGCUCUACAAAAAGGUGUCCCGCGUCAUGUGACCGUUUUAAAGGGCCAGGGUGAUGGAAUAUGUUCACAGUCACUCAAACACACAGUACUGUUUGGAAUGAAUGUGAGGACAAGCUGUAAGCUCAGCAUAUCCCAAGGGAUGGAGGAUGGAAACUGUAGUUACCUCCAGGACCAGUUAUACCAGGCUCUCCAAGAGGUGAGCAGCCCACAGGGCCUGGCCAUCACUGGCAAUGCUGAUCCAGCCCAGCCCGGAGACUGGACUGACAUUCUCACCAAGAACUGCAGCAUGCAGGCUGGAGUAUGUGCUUCCUGCUGUGUGGUUCCCGUGUCCUUGGAGAUCCAGGUAUUGUGGGCAAAGGUGGGCCUCUUGUCCAACCCACAAGCACAAGUGCUGGGAGCACGGUAUUCGUAUCAGUGCCGGUCCCUACAGUCCUUCAACGUGAGUGUGGUGCCUUUGACAACUCUCGUCACUUUUAUUGACUUGACAGAAUGGCCAGAGCAUCCACGUGGCCAACCCACCCCAUACUGGAAACUCCCAUUCGACUUCUUCUUCCCCUUCAAGGUGGCCCUGAGCAGGGGUGUGGCCUGUCACGGGGGCCUGCCUGGUGCCCUCGUGGUGUCUCUAGCUGUCUGGAGCAUUGUGAGCUUCUGAGGAGAGUGAAGGAACAGGAGAAGUCUGAGGCUUUGCUCUUCCUGCCAGUGUUUCCAUGUGGACAGGGCCUGCCUGCAAGCGCAUCCAUCCCUGAUGUGCCCAGGUAUGACGUUUGGUGCCUGUUCUCACCUGGUUGAGACCAUACUGAACAGUUCCAGCUUGUCCCUGUGAACAUGGGACAAACGCAGGCAGGCUGAUAGAUGGGACCAUUGUUGCAGAGAGAUCUGUCAGUGCAGUACUACCAUCAGAAUGUGAUCCAGGCCCGAGCCGCUUCUUACCUGGAUCCUUUCGUUGUGGCCACCUUCAUAGUACCACGUGCCUUUCACAUAUGCAUUUGGUUGUGUGACUGACAUCUACCAGGUGUCCGUGGCCUUCUGACUGCAGAAUCUGUAAAGCCCAGGGAUGCCCCUGAGGGACAGGAGGGAGAAGGGGCAGUCUCCAUGUGAAACGAAGGGGGGGUGGGGAAAGUAGUUCUGGCCAGAUGGAAAAGGUCCUGCCAAGGCCAAGCAGUUCAGAGAAGAGAAGCACAGCUUCCACUUCUGGAGGUGCCCGUGCUUAGCUCCCUUAUCUUUAUCCCCAGGGGGGGCUUACACGCAGUUGUCUGUGCAUGAUAUUUCUCUAGGGAAGAUCUGUGUGAAACCUAGUGCCUUGUGAUAGCCUUAAAAUGCAUCACCCCUUCUUCGUAGUCCCUUGGCUACUGCUGAAGGGGUGCUGCACACAUGCACCUGUCCAGUGCCUCUGUGCCAGCUUGCAGCUGAUUUUGUAGUAACUUUUCAAAUAAAAGUUUCUGAUUUGUUUCAUGAAA